GGACCGGGACAGGAGAGCGAACGGACGGCUCUGCUGCGUGAAGUAAACGCACAUCCAAGGCUUUAUUUUCUCGUCCCGAACCCCCUUUCUUUCUCGGGUUUCCCUACUGCUGAGAUGAGAUAAUCAACAGAGGAUCUGCUGUUCACGAAGUUUUGAAGUUGUUGGAAAGAGUUUAGUCAGACGGGAGAAGAAGAAGAUGCUGGGGUUAAAGGUCAUCUUGCUCUGUCUCCUCUUUGGAGCCCUGACUCACAGCCAGACAACAGAGUGUACCAAGAAGAAUGAAUGUCCCAUAGACGUGUACUUCACCAUAGACACAUCUGAGACCAUCGCCUUGCAGGAGCCUCCCCCUGGAUCGCUGGUGGAGAGCAUCAAGCAAUUCACUGAGAAGUUUGUUCAACGUUUAGAAGAUGCUGAAUUAAGAGGUGCUGUGAAAAUAAACUGGAACAUCGGUGGACUGCACUUCUCCCAAAAGCAGCAGGUGUUCAGUCGCAUUGGACCCAAGGCCGAUUUUAUCACGGGUCUAAGAGCAAUCCAAUACCUGGGGAAAGGCACCUACAUCGACUGCGCCCUUAGCAACAUGACCCAGGAAAUAUUGCGCUCACCCUCAUAUCCCAGAGCCCUUCGAUUUGCCGUGGUCAUCACCGAUGGCCAUGUGACUGGAAACCCAUGCGGGGGCAUCAAGGUGGCAGCAGAGAGGGCUCGCGAUGAGGGCAUCCGGAUAUUUGUUGUAGCAGCAUCAAAGAAUGUUGAGGAGACAGGUCUGAGGGAGAUCGCCAACUCUCCAGCAACGGUUUACAGGAGGGACUUCAUGGCUGUGGAUCUGAGCCAGGGCAGAGCCGUCAUACAAGAGGGAACAAUUGACCGCAUCAUUAAGACAAUGCAACAUUUGGCGUAUGUAGAGUGCUACAAAGUGUCCUGUCUGGAGACAGAAGGGCCUCCUGGUCCAAAAGGCCACAGAGGACAAAAAGGAGCGAAAGGUGACAACGGUGAGCCAGGUCUGAAAGGAGAAAGAGGUCGCCCAGGAGACCCUGGUAUUGAGGGUCCCAUCGGUCAGCCCGGUAUCAAAGGAGAACCGGGUCUUAAGGGUGAGAAGGGAGAGAUGGGAGCUCAGGGGAAGAAGGGUGUGGCCGGCCUCCCAGGACGCAAUGGAACUGAUGGACAGAAGGGUAAAAUUGGACGGAUCGGUGCUCCUGGCUGCAAAGGAGACCCAGGAGACAGAGGUCCUGAUGGCUACCCCGGAGAUGUUGGUGAACGUGGUAUUCCAGGAACUGAUGGAGAGAAGGGAGAUCCUGGGCGCCCUGGUAGACCUGGUCCUCCUGGCCCGCGUGGAGAUUCUGGACCAAAGGGAGAGAGGGGAAGUCCUGGAUCACCUGGCGUCCCUGGACUGAAAGGAAACCCAGGAACCCCUGGACUUCCAGGAAACAGGGGAGAGCCGGGGAGAAGAGGGGAUUAUGGGACAAAGGGUGCUCAAGGGCCAGAUGGAAUUAAGGGAGAAAAGGGUGAAAUGGGGCCAGAGGGCGUGAGAGGGCUUCCCGGUGAAGCUGGAACCAAAGGUUCAAAGGGAGACAAUGGUCUACCAGGCCCCAGAGGAUCACCAGGGGCACCAGGAGAGCCCGGGAGAAAUGGCACCAGAGGUGACCCUGGUGAUGCUGGGCCAAGAGGAGAGCCCGGACAGCUUGGACCAAAGGGAGACGCUGGAAGACCUGGCUUUACCUAUCCUGGACCAAGAGGGCCAUCGGGUGACAGAGGAGAGAAGGGUAAUCGUGGACCUCGUGGCAGCAGGGGUGACUGUGGUCAGAAAGGUGAAUCUGGAGAUAAAGGAGUUCCGGGAGAACCAGGCGAGCCAGGGCCUCAGGGAGAACCUGGUCUGAGAGGACCAAGGGGAGAGCUUGGGCGUGAUGGAGAUCCAGGCCCUGAGGGAGAUCCCGGCCUUACUGAAUGUGAUGUCAUGAACUACAUCAGGGAGACUUGUGGCUGCUGUGACUGUGAGAAACGCUGCGGACCCUUGGACAUUGUGUUUGUGAUUGACAGCUCAGAGUCAGUGGGUCUCACCAACUUCACCCUGGAGAAGAACUUUGUCAUCAACACCAUCAACAGACUCGGAUCUCUUGCCAAAGAUCCCCAAUCAGAGACAGGCACAAGAGUGGGUGUUGUUCAGUACAGUCACAGUGGAACGUUCCAGGCCAUACGCCUCGAUGACCCAAAGAUCGACUCGCUGUCUGCUUUCAAGGAUGCAGUGAAGCGUUUGGAGUGGAUUGCUGGAGGAACAUGGACUCCAUCUGCCCUGAAGUACGCCUAUGACAACCUGAUCAGGGACAGCCGCAGAGCCAAAGCCAACGUCACUGUAGUUGUCAUCACUGAUGGACGCUUCGACCCAAGAGAUGACGACUCGCUGCUCACCUACCUCUGCAGUGAUCCCAGUGUUGAUGUGAGUGCCAUCGGUAUCGGAGACAUGUUCGACCAGAUUGAGGAGAAUGAGAGUCUGAAGAGCAUCGCCUGUCAGAAAGAUGGCAGGGUGCUGGGCAUGAGGCGCUUUGCUGACCUGGUGGCCGAGGAGUUCAUCGACAAAAUUGAGACCGUGCUCUGCCCAGAUCCUAUCAUUGUAUGCCCUGAUCUCCCAUGUAAAUCAGAGCCUGCUGUGGCUAGCUGUGUUCGGCGGCCAGUGGAUGUGGUGUUCAUGUUGGAUGGUUCUGAGAGGAUGGGACUUGAGAACCAUCGUAAGGCUAAGGAGUUCAUCGAGAUGGUGGCUAGCCGACUCAACUUGGCCAACGGCCCGUCAGACGAGAGGAAUGCCCGCCUGGCUCUGGUGCAGUACGGCAGCCCUACAGAACAGAGGGUGGAGUUUGCUCUCACACACAAUAUCACAAUGAUCUCUGAUUCACUGGCAACCGUGACCUACAUGGACUCCUCGUCUGCUCUGGGCAGUGCCAUCAUCCAUGCUGUCAACAAUGUGGUGAUUUUACAGAGGGGAGAACGCAAGACUCGUCGCAAUGCUGAGGUGGCCUUUGUGUUCAUUACUGAUGGCAUCACAGCCAGCGAGCAGCUGGAUGAGGGUAUAACUGCCAUGAGACGAGCAGAGGGCGUUCCCACGGUGAUUGCCAUGGGAAGGGACACAGAUGAAGACGUGCUGCGCAAGGUGUCACUAGGGGAUAUGUCAGCCAUCUUUAGAGGAGAUGACUACAACAUACUGAGCACACCCUCGUUCUUAGACCGCUUUAUCCGCUGGAUAUGCUAGUGAGGAACUUUAACGCUCUACACCAUAGAAUUAGAGUCCGUAGAAUGAAAGAAGGAUGUUCCUUCAGUGUACACAUAAACAUGCAGAGGCAUCAACAAACCUCUGUGAUCAUUAUCAGUAUGAAUGAUGAAUGUAAGGCACUGAGAUAGCUACAUAUCGUGUUUGAAUUGGUGAAAAUGAAUUUACAAAAGCCAAAAGAAUCCACGAAGGUGCAGCACACACAGACACAAAAAACAUAGGCUUUCAAUAUCAUUUGUAAAUUGGUUGUUCUAUUUGUUCUAAAUCCAUGGUCAGCACCUCCAACCAAAGACACUCAUAAGUACCCCAGAGGAGAUGUGUAUGAUUACUGAAUGUGUACGAAACAAAUUCUAUGCUUCAUUUUGUUUUUAUUUUGUAUUAAUUUUCAGUUUACAGAAAUGAAGCUCCCUUUCUCUCUCUCUCUCUCUCUCUCUCUCUCUCUCUCUCUCUCUCUCUCUCUCUCUGUCUCUGUCUCUGUCUCUUUCUCUCCUCACAAAGUCACAUUAUUUACAUUAAAGGUGCUAAAAUAGAAAGGACAAAGCCAUUUGACUGGUUCAAAAAACUUUUUUACAUCAUGUUAUGUUGUAAUUACUGUAGUUUGUUCAGGGGAUAAAACAUGCAGACAUGUCUUCUCCAAGCAUCACACAUAAAUGCCCCACAUUCAACCACACAAGAAUCACACAUACACAACAUGAACAUGAAGUAUACUAUAGUUACUUACACAUCGACUGACAAACAUAAAAGAACCAAAUGUGUAAACAUGAAGUCCAAAUAAAGCCUAAUGUGGUCACCCCAA